AGAGAAAAGAAAACAAAGUGUUUUCAUCUCAUGUUGGAAAAAUUGAUUUCAUUUCUUUUCUCUUUUGAUUAUUUUUCUGUUAAUUGUUUUUUCCAUCCGUUAAUUAAUUUUGAAUCCUUAUUAUUUUUCUUUUGUUUGUCAAUUGUUUAAAAGAUCAUCAUCAUGGUUGAUUCAAUUAUCUCUUCUUCCAACAAUUUAAUCAGCUCUGGAAGUGUAACCAAAAAAAUCACUUUAACCGAUGGUUUAAAAAUCAACUUCAUUCAUGUACCGAAAUUAAAUUUAUACGUAAUUUCUGAUGUUGAUAAUUUCGGUCCUCAUUGGAUUAACGUUGAAUUUGAGAAAAACAAUUACAAUUUAAAACAUUUACUAGGUUCAAAUCCGGACACUUAUCUACCUGUUGCCCGAUUUAUAUCCAAAUAUAUAAUAGAAUCAACAUUCAAAGAGAAACCACCAGUUGAAUUAUCAUUGGCCCGGAAACAGUUUACCUUGAAUUUAUCUCUACGAAAUUUUGAUAGAAUCACCUUAACCCAAAUCAUGGAUCAAUUGUUUAAUCCAGAAAUGUGAUCACCAAAAAAUGGAAGGAGAAAAAAAGAAUAAAUAAAAAAAGGAAACCCUAAA